CCUCCCUCUAGAGCUGGUAGACGGAGGUUGGCCGGGCCGGUCCCGGCAGCGGCCCGGAGCGGGCGGGCAUGGGGGGCUGCCUGUCCUCGCAGGCAGCUGAUGACCUGUCGCUACUCAACGAUUCUACCGGCGAUGGGGCGAGUCUUGGGCCAGGAGACCCGCUCCCCCUCCCUGCCCCACCGCCCCCCUACCAGGAUCACACUCCAAUUCCAGUGUAUCACCCAACGCCUAGCCAGGCACGUCUUGCCACACAGCUAACAGAAGAGGAGCAAAUCCGGAUAGCUCAAAGGAUUGGACUAAUUCAGCACCUUCCUAAAGGAAUAUUUGAUCCUGGCUCAGAGCCAUCAGAAAAGAAAAUCAAAGAGUGUGUAAUCUGUAUGCUGGAUUUUGUAUAUGGAGAUCCCAUCCGAUUCCUGCCUUGUCUACACAUCUACCAUGUAAACUGCAUUGAUGACUGGCUGAUGCGAUCAUUCACAUGUCCUUCUUGCAUGGAGCCUGUUGAUGCUGCUCUGCUCUCCUCCUAUGAGACUAACUCAUAGUCUUUGAGCCCUGCUCUCGUUCAUGCUUCCAGGCUGUGGAUAUAUUGGGGGCCUGGGAUGUGGGACAUUAUUUGCACAAUUCUGGGGUACACCAAAGAAACCGGUCCCAGCCCCUACGGACACAUGCAGCCAUGCUGGCUGUACUAAAGGAUGAUUUGUGCCAUAUUUUGAGUGUUGCAUCUAGUGUAAGGGGAUGGGGGGUGUUUGGAAGGAAACAGGGAAUGGCAGAACUAAAACUUUUCUUCCACUCUACUCACAAUUUAGUUUUGUAGAAAAUCAAGAUUGUUCUUUGACCCAAUUAUCUACCCUCAUACCUUUACAAGUCCGUUAAACUACUGAGUACAGUUGUAGGAAACUGUAGUGGAAUUCUAACUUGUUAAUGAAAGAGAAAGCUGUUUAAAGCUGAUGCUGAAGAUCUCUUAAGAUUUUACAAAUUAAGAGAAAUUCUAAGGCUAUUAUAUAAGCUCGGGUCAAUUCAUGAGAAAUUCUAAGGCUACUAUACCAACUUGGGUCAGUUCAUGGGGGAAAAGAAUUUAAUGUAGAAAAAACCCCAGGAAUUUUAUUUUUGGGCCACUAUUGAAAAUGCAUAUAUCAAUACAAGUACACAAUGCAGAAAACAAGCCUUAGAAGCUAGUUAGCUACCUGCCUAGGUAGCGUGAAGCUGUAAUAUUUGCUAGGGAAGGAGACUGAACCUGUUCUUGUUGCUUUUGGAAGUGCUUCUUUUGAUAUAUAUAUAUAUAAUUUAGUUAAGAGAAAAGGAUACCAUUUCCUUGCUCUUUUUUUCUCCAUCAAAUAGUUUUAUCUAUUUUGACGAAGUAUAUGGUGCCUCUUCUCAAACCCCUGUAGGGCAAGCAGGUUCUCUAUCUAAUACUUAUUCACCAGACUAGGAGAAAGUCACAUGGAUUAACAGACUUUGAAAGCAAUAGUUUGUUUCGCUCAAUCUUCAUUUGGGUGAAGUUCACUGGAAGGAGCAAGGAUGGUCUUAGUGCAGAUUAUUUGUCACAAUGUGAAAUUUCUGCCUUUCUACUAUAUGAAAAAAGUGUUGACAUUUAUAUAUAUAUAUAUAUACAGCGUGUUUAAAGUGAGAAAUAUUUUUAUGGAAAGUUUACAAUUCAGUUUGGUAAGAUCCUUUCAGAUGCUGGUUGUGAGUUAAAACAUCCAUAUAUUCUGAAGAGUGAAGAAAUGUUUAUUUGUAGGCAAUCUACUAUUUGUCUUACAUAAGAGAAGAUUUUGUCCCAUAAGAACCUGUUAAGGCAGGCUGUUACUAUGAUGCAGCAAAGCCAAUAUGUGAAAAGGCUUUCCUAAAUCAUAUUGUUUAUUGCCCUGCAAGUACAGAAAUGUGAAAGUGCUUUUCUGAUUAUGUAUUGUCCAUAACAAAGAUCUAGUGCUUGAAAGAUUUAAAAAAAUCGGAUGUACAUUGCAUUGAAAUGGAAAAUAAAUAGAUUAUCAGCAAUGCCUUCUAAAGUACAUACGUUGCCCAAGGUGACUGUAGAAAACUUUUCUAUUCUAGUGAAUGUGAGUAGAACCAGAGAAUGUGGUACUCUGAAUUAAUUUAACAUUGAUUCAGUUUUCUCUUUUACCUUUAAUACAAUUAGAAAUUAGUUGCCAUUGUUGCAAUGAAGCUUGAUUCUAUACAGUAGUAGGAACUGAUCUUACUCUUGUAUGGCCCUUCUGAAGGGAACUCCCAACAGACCUACAAUAUUGUAAGGAUUCUUGGAAAUUGCAAUUUCGCCACAAGAAAGUCACAUUGGGUUUGGGAAUGAAGUCAUAUGUUUUCUAAACCAUACUACAAAUAAUCUUUUAUUUGCAACAUCUCAAUGCGUCAAACGAUGAUUUGGCCAUGAGAAGACAAUACAUUUAAAAAUUUAAGAAACAAAUAGGAAAAUGACUAGAUAUCAGUUUAAGGCAAAAUUAAUUUCUUUAGAUAACGGAACUAAGGGGCUCAUUGUCAGCAAUAUCUUAUCCUUCCCUUUUAUUCUGUUUUCUCAUUCACACAGCCAUUAAAUCCCCACCCCACCCCAAUGAAACACAGUGAAGGACUCCAACCUUUCCAGCUCCGUGGACCAGCGGCGGGUACGGGCAAUGGUUUCGCACUCAUUUGACUGCUGCUUCCAUGGUCUGAUUGCCAAUAAGCUACGAAUUGGUAGUGGUCUGCAGACUAGGGGUUGGGGACCCAUUUUGAAGUACAUUUUUUGAAAGUCCUUGUCCCAUGGUAUCUCGUCCCUUGGUAUUGCUUGUAUCUUCAUUUUGAAGUUCACCACGAAAAAAGUGGCAGAAGUAAAGAUGGAGCUCACUAUUUAAAUUACUAGUAUACUCUAGCCAGCAUGCUCUGUUGUGUAUUAGUAUCUCAUUGCUGUUUAGAGAUAUGGGAAAAUAUUAGGAUUGCUUCAUGCAGGCCAUCAAAAUCUGUAUUUAGUAAAUCAUAAUACUGAGGAAAAUAACAUGGCAUAUAUCUUUCAUGCCAAGCAGUUUCCUAAAGGGUACAAUAUUAUGCCAAACAUUUCACUUCAUCUAUGAAUUCUCUUAAGCCACUCAGAACAUUGAAGCAGGCAAUAUAUAAGUAACUUUAAAAGUGCCAUAGCUUCUUUCAAGACAUGGGAUCACUAUCUCCAAUGCUGCAUGUAAGCCCCUACCUUUACUGGUUUGGAAAAUCAAUAAGAAAAAGGGGGAGAAAAAACAAGACUUUUUUUUCUUUACAAAAGAAAGUUUUUUUCUUUACAGGAAGAUGAGGGCCUACUAUAAGGGACUAUCACUGAAGAAGUGGUACCAAUUACUUCUUUUUUUUCUAUCCCAAAGAAUCACUUGGUAAGAUCAUUGCUCUAUUUAACUCAUAAAAAGAUAAAAUCCACACAACAGAGGGUCAAUUUCAUGCUGCUAAUACGACUGAUUAAACCUAAUAAUAUAACCCAAAAUUGUAGCUCUGAUGUGAUGUGAAAAUAGCUGGGGCAGAAAUGAAAUUACUUAUGAAUAGCAGUGACCAACAUUUAGUAAAAGACAAUACAAAGUAUAUGCAAUAGUCAAAGAACCUCUGGAAAAUAUGAGCAACUGCUUGUCUACUUUGAAAGGAACUGUUUCAUGCUCUACUUACUGUGGUUUUUACCUGUUCCAUUAACUGCUAUUUGUUUUUCAAAAACAUGGUAAAUAUAACACAGAAAAGGG